UUCAACCUUGACCCUGUACAAGUUAAAUUAGGAAAACGGACACUCCAAACUCAAAUUGAAUGUAGGCUAUAUUUAAAAUGGAAGGACUUAUACCAGUGAUAAACAAACUUCAAGAUGUAUUUAAUACUGUCGGCUCAGAAGUCAUAAACCUUCCACAAAUUGUUGUGAUAGGUAAUCAGAGCUCUGGUAAAAGUUCUGUGAUUGAGAGUUUGGUAGGGCGAGAUUUUCUCCCCAGAGGUACAGGUAUUGUUACCCGCCGACCUUUAAUCCUUCAGCUGAUACAUGUUAGCAAAAGUGAUCGAGAGGCUAGAGCACAAGAUGGAGAUCCAAUUAAAGCAGAAGAAUGGGGAAAAUUCUUGCAUACGAAGAACAAAAUUUACACAGAUUUUCAGGAGAUCCGACACGAAAUUGAAAAUGAAACAGACAGAAUGUCAGGAUCCAAUAAGGGAAUUUGCCCAGAGCCAAUCAGUUUAAAAAUUUACUCAUCUAAAGUGGUAAGCCUGACGUUAGUUGACUUGCCUGGGAUGACAAAAGUCCCUGUGGGGGACCAGCCAGAAGAUAUAGAGCUUCAGAUCCGGGACCUGUGCAUAGAUUACAUCCAGAAUCCAAACUCCAUCAUCCUAGCAGUGUGUGCUGCAAACACAGACAUGGCCACUUCAGAAUCCCUCAAACUUGCCAAAGAAGUGGAUCCAGAUGGUCGCCGUACGUUGGCAGUAGUAACAAAGCUGGACCUGAUGGACCACGGAACAGAUGCAAUGGAGGUCCUGUGUGGGCGUGUUAUACCUGUAAAACUAGGAAUCAUAGGUGUAGUGAACAGAAGUCAAGCAGACAUCAACAAAAACAAGGAAAUGUCAGAGACUUUGAAAGAUGAGGCAUCUUUUCUACAGAGAAAGUAUCCCACCAUAGCUAGUCGACAUGGCUCACAGUAUCUUGCCAGGACUCUCAACAGGCUGCUGAUGCAUCACAUUAGGGACUGUCUUCCAGAGCUUAAGACCCGGGUCAAUGUGUCUAUUGCUCAGUUUCAGUCUCUGCUGAAUUCCUUUGGAGAACCAGUGGAAGACAAGAGUCAGCUGUUGUUACAAAUUAUAACCAGAUUUGCAACAGCGUACUGCAGCACCAUAGAGGGAAACUCCAAAAAUAUUGAGACUUCUGAACUAUGUGGAGGAGCCAGGAUUUGUUAUAUUUUUCAUGAGACAUUUGGUCGGACUCUGGAGUCCGUUAAUCCACUAGGAGGGUUAACUGCCCUCGACAUUCUCACAGCAAUCAGGAAUGCUACGGGCCCCAGACCCGCCCUAUUUGUACCAGAGGUGUCAUUUGAGCUUCUUGUCAAGCGUCAGAUCCGUCGUCUAGAGGAGCCAAGUUUACGGUGUAUAGAACUAGUCCACGAGGAAAUGCAGAGAAUUAUACAGCACUGUGGAACACAGCAAGAGAUGUUGAGAUUUCCUAAGCUUCAUGAAAAGAUUGUAGAUGUUGUCACCAACUUAUUACGGAGGCGAUUACAGCCCACAAACAAUAUGGUACAAAAUUUAGUUGCAAUAGAGUUAGCAUAUAUAAACACCAAGCAUCCAGAUUUUCAUGAGGCCAACUUAUUCCAAAGAUCACAAGAACUGGAAAUUAGUAAAAACCUAAAUGAAUUCCACAUUAAUAAUGAAUCUACAAAAGACCAUAAGAGAGGAAAUCCUGGUAAAAUUUCCAACUACCUGCGGGGUCAGGGUGAUCUACAUAAUGAUUUAUCACAGACCAGUAGCCCCGCCAGCAGUCGACCUGAUUCACCUAUACACGCUGUAAAGGGAGUUAACCUCCUGUCAGAUGUACCACAGCCUACAUCUAGGAAACUCUCACCCAGGGAACAGAGGGACUGUGAUGUCAUUGAACGAUUGAUCCGAUCCUAUUUCCUGAUUGUAAAGAAGAAUGUCCAGGAUACGAUCCCAAAGGCUAUUAUGCACUUCCUGGUGAACUAUGUAAAGGACAAUCUACAGAGUGAGCUCGUUAGCUCAUUGUACAAGAAAGAAGAGCUCGAGUUUCUUCUAGAGGAAUCUGAACAUAUAGCACAGAGGCGAAAGGAAGCUAGUGAAAUGUUACAGGCACUUCAACGAGCCAGUCAGAUUAUUGGAGAGAUACGAGAGAUCCACCUGUGGUAAUGAUGACUGGAUAGGGCAAACCAAAGAUAGGAUUUAUAAUCAUUACCCUGCUACACAGGAACAACAUUUAUAAACAUAUUUAUAUCAACUUACAUUGAAACAAAACAAGACUUUUCAUAUGCAUCUUUAUUAAAUAUAUACCAAUACAUGUACAUUCAUCUUAGGACAGUUCAUAAAACCUAGAUUUUAUUUUAUGGGUUUAUCUACAUGUAAGUAUUACCGUAUUAAAUUUUUAAUCAAUACUGUAAAUCAAAACGUGUGUAAAGUGUGUGCUACAAUUGGUUUUUUUUAACAUCAUAUUUGAAUUAGACUAGAAGAUUACUCUGUACAUGAAACUGAGGUGAUUUUGUGUAAAAAAAAAAAUUAGGUUUGCUCAAUGAGAUAUUUGUAUGUGACAUGUAUGUUAAUCCUAACUAUCAUACUUCUAGAAAAGAAAAUUGAUUGCUAUGUACAUUUAAUAGUAAAUCACUAUUACAGAUGAACAUUUAUUAUAGAAAGGUUUAUUUAAUUUUUAAAACCAACAACAUCUAAUCAUAUUUACAGUAGAAUCAAAAUGUUUUGGUGUAUAAUUAAUAUAAUAUUUCCCUUUUCAUUUAUUAGCAAUUUGGUAUUAGUCAGGAGAAAAGAUGCAUAAUAAUAUAUAUGAAUACAUCUUGUGUUUAUGUAAUUUUCCAAUCAUGUUACCGUAGGUUUGGCUUUUUAUUCCAUAGUCAUUCACACAAGAUUAACACUAGUCAUUAAAAAGAACAUUAUUUAUUAUUUUUGAUAAUUUUUAACCCUAAUAAGGCAGGUUCAAAACCAUAAACUUCAAGGGAAGAAUAUGUCAAAGACAUUGGAUUAUAUUUUGACUAUUUAUUAAAGGAAUAAAAUUGUAAAAUGGGGAAAAUCCUAUCCUUGAUUUAUUGAUGAUUUUUUAACUGUGGGAAAAACCACAAGAAUCGGCUUUUAUCUACGUAAACUUUCACUUAAAAUAAUUGAUUAUUAUUUGUACAUGUAAUUUUCUGUCAUUUUUUUCAGUAUUGUGCAUUGAUAACAUAUUUCACGACAUGUAUUAACCGAUUGAAGUUGAUUUGUCUUUCAGUUAGUUCAUUUUCUAAAACUGUGUACAUAUAGACUGUAAAAUUUCAUUUCUCAAUGUAAUAGUGCUAUUAUAAACCUUAUUUUCUCUCUCCUUAUAAUAGUGUUGUAAAUAAACUUUGAUUCACUGCAUAUAAACUAGAUUGAAAUUGUAUGUAUGUUUUAGAGUAAGGUGUUGAAUUGUACUUUGUAACCUGUGCUGCGAUUCACCUGUAGAACUGUGUAGUAGAUGUCUGUCUUGUGUGUUAAUUACAAAGGGGAGCAGUUCACCUGUAACCUGUGUUGCGAUUCACAAGUAGAACUGUAUAAUAGAUGUCUGUCUUGUGUGUUAAUUACAAAGGUAGCAGCCCACCUGUAACCUGUGCUGCGAUUCACCUGUAGACCUAUACAAUAGAUGUCUGUGUGUAAAUUACAAAGGGAGCAGUCUGUAUUUUUCUGUAUCAUUGAUGAGUGAGGUGUAUAAAUGUGAAUUCUUUGACACUAAAACAGUAAGGGAAGCAUAAAUGUUUUUCUUACAUGUAUAUUUAUUUGGAUUUAAAUUUCUUUCAAAUAUUUUCGAUUUUCCUUGUUUAACUUGAAAUGCUUGUAGUUUGAAUUCUUCUUUACACAUCAUAAAGUGCUGUUUGAGAACCUCUGGUUGGUCACUGUGCUAGGUGUGACCAGGCAAUGGUUUUAGGAAAUGUGAAAUGAGAAAUACGACAAAUAUAGAAUAUUGAAUAUAGAAUAUUUCCAACAGUUAUGAACAUGUAUAUUUUGGAAAAAGGAGUACAUGUACCUUUGAUUAUAAUAUAUAAAAUUUAUAUCUUAGUUGGGAACAAAAUUUGAUGUAUUUUCAAAGUGGUAAACGUGUAAUACAUUCACUGAAUGUCACCAUCUCUGUAUGCAUGAAAGAAUUGUAACAAUAAAUGAUGCAGGUUAAGUAUGA